AUUAAAAUGAAUCCGAAGAUGAAUCCGGUUGUCAAGCAGAAGUCAGUAACCCUUAUCAGCAUUCCAGAGGAUAUUUACUUCUUGAUAGACCAUGAACAAAACUUGCAUAGAGAAGACUCAUCUGAGAUAGGAGAGAUAGAAGUUCUUGACGAUAAGCAUCUGUCCUUUGCUUUCUACCCAUCUGCGUUUACUUCCCUUUUCGCCAAAGCCCCUGUGGAUAGAAUUCAGACUGAGUUUACAGCCAAAAUUACUGAUAUCUCCAAUAGCAAUAAGUUCAUCAUGACUGAAGGCAAUGAGCCACCGACUGACCAAGAAGGUCCCGGUGUUGGAGAAGAGCCUGCAGAUGAAGGGAUAUAUGUCAGAGCUCAGUCUAGAGUCAACUUCACUGCUAAUUUGAUACCCAACGCUCUCUCAAAUUUCAGCAAGUAUUCCUCCAAUGAUCCUGUGAGCAGCUAUGGAACUUGCCGUGAUGGAGUCAUUAAAGAGCAUGUAGAUGGAUAUGCAGAUGUCAAGAAUGUUCUCUUCAGCACAGAGUCAACUGAAAUGAUCAGAUAUGGAAUGAAUGUCAAUGACAGAAACCUUAUGAAUAAGCACAGAAUUGGCAAGAAGAUAGUGAUGGACGACACUGUUCUCACUCGAGAAAUCCUGACCUUGUUCAAAACUAAGGAUCAGUAUAAACUUAAAGAAAUAGCAUUCUUGCUCCAGCAGUCAGAAAAUAGAGUCAGAAGAUGCCUUAAAACUGUUGCUAUGCCGAUAUCUAAUGGAAUCAAAGAUUACAUAUGGGAGCUGAAAGAGAUAUUUAAAAAUGAGGAGACUUUGUAAUG